CGAACCCCUCACAUCAUCAGCACUUAUGGCACAGGGUUUUAAAUAAUUAUAUUGUUAUUUCUGUGAUUGCUGCACUCUGCCAUAAUUUGUAGUUCAUUUCUUCAAGAUUUGUAAAACGGAUGUGAUGGAAACUUAUAUACAGGAUUGUCCUUAAUGGAGACAUGCAGUUUGUGCCUCACUUUGCUAUUAUAAAGCUAAAGGAUUAUUUGAAACUUAUGUUUAUUGUGAUAGUGUGGGUAUGUACCAAUGUGUGAAUUUUUAUAUCUAGUUUAAUUAAUUAAUACUUGAGUAUAUCAGUGAAUAUUUUGUAUCAGUUUUCAUGAUUGUUGCACCUGUAUGGAUGUUGACAUUGUUUGCGAUCACUACAGUACUUUGCCUUUAUUCCAUUAUACUAUUUUUGGCCAAGCCUGGUUAAUAUGCUAGUGCAGUAAUGAAAUUUUUGGGUUCUUUACAUUAUAUCAUGUCAAUCUGAGCUUUGGGUGUCAAUAAGUACCCAAAUUAUUGUUACCUGGGAAUCUGGUGCUACAAAACAUGUACAAUGUUGCAAGAAAUCUGGUGUAACAAGAAACAAUGGGAUUAUUACCUGAAAGCGAAGAAAUCCCAACUACUUGCUCAAGAAGAAUGUCGUAGAGAAGACUGAGAAGCUGCAGAUAAUAGUUCUAUUUAGUGUUAUUCAAGAAUUAUACAUUUGGGAAUCACAGUUGGCAACGUCCAUAUCCAAAACAAAGAACAAAUUAGAAUGUCUCAGAGGUUGAUGCAUCGUACAGCACAACGUUUUGUGUCCCCCUGUGGUUGCGCCUUCGUGGAUAAUGGGUUGUUUCGACAGGGUUUGCCUGCUUCAGUUAGACAAUGGAUUCACACUUCAGUCUUUGCCGCUCAGAAACAAAGUAACAUUGUGAAUGUUUUUGAUCGCCACAGCAAAUUGUUACAGAGGGAGAGAGCUGCUAGAAAUCCCGAUGUUGCUGUUUUUGAUUAUUUGAAAGAGGAGGUUGGUUAUCGUCUGUCAGAUCGUAUUCUUGACAUAAAACGUGAACUGAAGGUUGGCCUUGACCUCGGCUGUGGUCGGGGAUACGUUGCCAAGAACAUUACAGAUGUUGAAUUAAGACACCUUUAUAUGAGUGACUUUUCUCCUGCCAUGUUGGAGGCAGCACAGACGCCUGAAAAUAUUGGAUUUACCAAAAUAUUGAUUGACGAGGAACAAAAAUUUCCACUUGAAUCAAAAUUGUUUGAUCUUGUUAUUUCUAAUCUGAACCUUCACUGGGUCAACAAUCUUCCUCAGUGUCUGAAGGAGAUCCGCAGAGUGCUGAAAGAGGACGGGGCAUUUCUAGCAUCCAUGUUUGGGGGAGACACGUUAUUUGAGCUUCGUUCAUCAUUGGUGUUGGCAGAAUUGGAGAGGGAAGGGGGCUUCUCUCCCCACGUGUCACCAUUUACUGAGAUUCGUGAUAUUGGAGGCCUUCUGAACCAGUGUGGCUUCACCAUGCUGACCAUAGACACAGAUGAGAUCACUGUAGGUUACCCAUCAUUAUUUGAACUGAUGUGGGACUUACAAGGGAUGGCAGAAAACAACGCAGGAGUGAGUCGAAAACCUCACCUACAUCGUGACACUCUCCUAGCUGCCAGUGCCAUUUAUCAAGAGAUGUAUGGGAAAGAAGAAGGGAUCCCAGCUACCUUUCAAAUCAUCUACAUGAUUGGUUGGAAACCUGACCCUAAGCAGGUGGCAUCUCAAGCAGAGCGAGGCAGCGGCCAAGUCUCCCUUAAAGAUCUACACAAACUGGAUAAUAUCAUUCAGGAGUCGGGUAUGGAGGGGAGGAUCAAGUUUGUGAAGGAUAUGAUUGAGGAUAAUGACAAGAACAAGAAAAAUUAGUGCAGUUAUCAUGUAGAUAAAGACAGGAUCGUAUCGUGGGGGGGGGGGGUUAUUGGGUGUCUGUAAGCCCUGUGACCAGUUUGGGGCUUAUGAAUGAUUAUAUGAAUAAAACAAUACAUUAGCCAUAGCAUCAUGAAUUGGCAUAAGUUUAUUUCAGAUUCUGUCCAACACUGUAACCCAGGGGUGGGCAAUUAUUUUUGAUGGAGGGCCACUUCAUGAAUGGUGGCACACUUGCGGGCCACCCACUUAAUGUAGAUGCAAAUGUAUUAUAUUAACACAAAGUAAAGCCUUGUAUUUGUAAAUACAAAUGCAGUGGCGGGCCACAAAAAUAAUUUGGCGGGCCAAAUGUGGCCCGCGGGCCGUACUUUGCCCACCCCUGCUGUAACCCCACCAUUCUCAUGCUCCAGAUAUGGCUCUGAAUAAAGAGGAUAUUGCUGGUAUACGUUGAAACUUAAACUGAGUAUGUUUUACAUCAGAAUUAUUAUUUGAUCAAUAUUUCAGUAAAUUACUGUAGUCACCAUUAUCUGAAUGCCUUAGUUAAUUAAAGGCAGAUCAUAUUGAAAAUUAAUUUUAUGUAUAGUUUUUCUCUCAAGUGGUAGAGUGUGUGUGUGUGUGUAGUUUUAUCUGAUUUGAAAUUUAUGUGGCAAAUCCUUAGUUGAGGCAAGUUGUGGGUAGGACAACUAUUUUUGAUGUGAUAAAAAUUUUGUAUUUCGAACAUAUUUACAAAUUAUUCCUGCUAACAAAAUAAUAUAUUAUGAUAGUCUUAUAUUCUCUGAUUAAUUAAAUUCUAAUAUGCAAAAAACCUUCAUACUUCCAUUAAUUAGUAGCAUUAGCCAGGCUUUUGUAUUUAAUCCAAUUUCCACUUUUUUUUAUUGAAAUUGUUGCAUGAUAGAGAAGAUAUCACUAUAAGUCAAACUGUCCAUUUUACUUUAAAUAAUGUACUAUGUAGUAUAGUUUUGAGUAGAUAUUACAUGAGAAAAGUUGCUGUGAAAUAUGUAAUUAUUGUACAGUACAAUACAAGCAAACAUACUUACAUCCUCAGACAGCAAUGGCCAGAAGGCAUAGUAAAAGGCUCAAUUGAAAUUUACUUACUUCAAAAGCCACAUUUACUAAACAUUAAACAUUUUUGCCAUAACAUAAUACCAAGUUAAUGACCAAUAAUUUCUGCACAAUGCCAAGAGAUAGUUACUUGUGCCUGCUUCAUGAAUUACAACUUGUUACUGUUAUAAAUGGAAACUAGCAUCUGGUCAUAAAACAUCCCCUUGGUACUGUUGUUAGGGGCGAAUGUUGUAAAAGCUUGCAACCUCCUUGUAUGUAGCUUUUGGUAAUUGUAUAUUUUUGUUGCAUACAGUUAUUUUCUAUUGAAAUAAAAAGAAUAUUGUU